GUUGAAAGCAGAACAAAACUCACCCACCUACGCAACCAUAUAUCCUUCUCUCUCUCUCUCUCUCUCUCUCUUUGAUAUAUCUACUGAGUUGAUGCAAAAGUGCUAAAGCUUUCAUGUUUUUGUUUGUUAGACUAAACGUUGGCAUCAAUCGCAGGUAUACCAAUUCUCUCCAAAUUACUACUCCAAACCUCUUUCACUUCCUAACGGAAACCGCUUCUCAAAUCCUCAUCUUCUUCUAUUAUAUAUUAUCAGAUUAUAUUGUGUAUUCAUCUGGUUUCUUCUCUAGGUUAAAAUUUACUCAUUUGAUAUAUGUAGUACUGUUUUAUUCUGGUGUGUUUCUCUAAUUAGCUGCACCAUAAGAAACGUACGUACUGUGUAGGGUUUCUGAACAGUAGUACUCUAUUGGUUUAGAGAUUUGUUUCUUAAUUAAUUAGAUUUUGUGCUGGCGAGAUCGAUCAUGUGUAGCAGAGGGCAUUGGAGACCUCAUGAAGAUGAGAAACUCCGGGAGUUAGUCGCUAAAUAUGGACCUCAUAAUUGGAAUGCUAUUGCUGAAAACUUGCAAGGCAGAUCAGGGAAGAGUUGUAGGUUGAGAUGGUACAAUCAGUUGGAUCCAAGAAUUAACAGAAGCCCAUUUACAGAAGAGGAAGAAGAAAGACUACUUGCCUCUCACAGAAUUCAUGGGAAUAGAUGGGCUAUAAUUGCUAGGCUUUUUCCAGGUCGUACUGAUAAUGCUGUGAAAAAUCAUUGGCACGUUAUUAUGUCAAGAAGAUGCAGAGAAAGAUCUAAGAUUUAUUCUAUGAGGAAUAUUGCUGCUAUCCCUAAAUCAACAAGCCAACAAGACAUGAGUACGACUUCGCCGAGUGAUCUACAGGAUAAUAAUAAUAUCCACGAUAUCAUGAGAAAAAGAAGUUCCAAUAUUUCUAUUGAUCAUCAUCAGCAAUUAUUAGAAAGAUUUAAUUAUUAUCCUUUCACUAAUAAUAAUUCCCUUUAUCCAAAAGAGCUUCGUUUCAAUCACCUUCCAGCUCAUCAUUUGAAGAUGGAUGAUCAAGGCAAGAAUGAAGCAGUGGAAUGUUAUGACUUUCUACGAGUGAAUAUAGGCUCAAAUAAAAGUGAAGUGGUAGAGGAUAAUAUUACAAGAAGGGAUGCUGAGGAAGUGGAACAGGAAGCUGGGGAUAAUAAUUAUUCCCUACAAAGCAGGGCUCCAGUGCGUUUUAUAGAUUUCCUAUCAGUUGGAGACUCAUCGUAAUUUCUUCACUCUUUUGAUUUAUGAGGAAAAUCUUCACUAUAGAUUUAGUGAAACGAUAUUUAUAUGUUGCACACAAUUUAGGACCUCUAACUGGAACCCUGUAAAAUUAAGUUUUAUGCACGCAUAAAAUCAAGUUUUAUGCAUGCAUAAGGUCUAUUGUAUGAAUAUUAUUAUAUGUAAUCUUAUCACUAUGAGUUGACUCUGGAAAUGAAAUAAAAUGGGAGAAAGUCAAAAGCUCU